AUGGAAUCAACCGACGUGGAAAGUAGUUUGCCAGUAGGCUUCUCUGUAAAGACACCUAGAUUUAAAACUCUUGGUUUACACCCAGGAUUAUUAACACGUGUUCAACAUGAAACUGCACCUCAUGUGAGUGUGGGUUCUUAUGAUGUUAUGCAGUAUGAUGGUUUUAGUGAUAAAAAUGUUCAAAAACGUAGAGAAGGUCCUAAUUGGCAACAAGCAUUAUAUACAGAACAAAUGGCUAAAAUUCCUCAUUCAUCAUAUAAAGAAACCUAUGAAAAACACAAAGAACAAGAACGACAUGUUGCUCCAGGUGCUUAUGGUAUUGAUGAUUUUUUAACGGAAAAUGGUCGUAAACCACGUUCUAUACGAGGCGCACUCGAUCAAUUAACACCUCGAUUUCCAAAAGAUCAACCUGAUAGAGCACCACCACCUGGUGCCUAUGGUAUUCCGGAUGAAAAACUUGUAGAAAGACAAUUUCAACAAGGUAGUAAUAUGCCUCCAUUUCUAUGGAAUCAAGGGCCAAGAUCAUUACCACUUGAGGGUUCAAAAAUAGGCCCAGGAACAUAUAAUUUAAGAAGUUCAAUCGAUGAAUUAAUUCAUAAACGUGUUAGUGAAAAAGGUCCAUAUCAAUUAUUUUCAUUAAAUCGUUCAGCACCUAUUACAACUGGUCAUUAUGCUGUAUUAGAUACAUGGGAUUUAUCCCCUGAUUUUCCAUCGAAAGAUUAUCCGAAUUCAGUAUCGCUUACGCAUGCAUUAGAAAAAAAUAAAAAACUUGGUGUAUUUAGUAAAUUGGAUCGUUUUCAAAAGAAACCCACUGAUCGUAUAGCCAUUGAACAUCCAGGUCUUCAACCAAAAAAUGUCGAUUUUCCUGGACCAGGUAGUUACGAUGAAACUCGUGCAUGGGAACCAAGUGAUUUUCAUUCGAAAAAAGUUCCAUUUAAUGCUACAUCAUCACGAAACGAUAAACGCUCAUUUACCCAUGCCGGAGUUCAUCACGCAGUCGGUGUUGGCCGAUAUAAUCUCCUGUCACCAGUAAGAGAUGAAACAAUAGCUGAUAAACGUAAACGACCAAAACGACGAAACAUUGGCUUUAUGUCAACAACAACACGUUUUGCAUCACGCGAUGGCGAAGCAUUGUUAACUGAACGUUUACAACCACAAAAUCUUCGAACAGAACAGCGAACACAAUUAUAUCUCACCGGUCGUGUAUCAUCCUAA